AUGGAGAGCUCUACCGGCUCUGCCACCCUGCGGCCUCGCCGGGUCCGAGACCGCUCGUCGGCAGCUCUGAAACAGGUCCUGAUGAUGAUUCUUCGCCAGUGGCUCCUGAUUGGAAUGGGAAUCGCCUGUCUUUUGGCCUAUCUCUUUCCUGAUAUCGCCAAGACCGAUGGCGGGGUCAUUCGCAGUGAAUAUACCGUCCUGUACGGCGUCAUUGCGAUCAUCUUCUUCGUCUCCGGCUUGAGCAUCCCCCGUCAAAAGCUCUUUCAGCAGUUCCUCAAUUGGCGACUGCAUCUCCUUGUUCAAGUCAUUUCAUUUCUCUUCGUCCCAGCUCUGGUGCUGGCCGUCGUCCAUGUCAUCCUCGUGGCCGAUCCCGCCGGUCAGAUCGACCGUGCCGUUCUAGCGGGCUACAUUCUCACAGCAUGUAUCCCGACCACGAUCGCUUCCAACGUGGUCAUGACCCGAGCGGCUGGGGGCGAUGAUGCGGCCGCGUUGGUCGAGGUCUUGAUAGCCAAUGUGCUCGGUCCCUUUGUGACGGCGGUCUGGACGGUCACCCUCAUGCCAAAGUCCGUCGAGUUUGAUACAUGGAGAUACGGCGGAGGCCGACUGGGAACCAUGUAUGCACAUGUGUUUCAGCAGUUGGGCUUGAGCGUGCUGCUUCCUCUUUUCAUCGGACAGGCAGUUCGUUGGACGUGGCCCGAGCGGACGGCCCGGGUGAUUCAAAAGACCCGGUUGCCAAAGUUGUCUAGUGCUUGUAUGCUUUUACUUAUCUGGACAACCUUCUCAUCCUGCUUCGCAACCGGAGCACUUCAAAGCCUAUCCGUGCAGAGCAUCAUCUUUGUCGUUUUUUUCAACAUCAUCCUAUACAUCGCACUCACCGUAAUCGCCUUCUUCAGCUGCCAGCCUCCAAAGGUUCUUCAACAAUUUCAAUGGUCCCAGUCCCUCUUCAAAAGCCUACCCCCCGAAGAAACCAUCGCGGUCUGCUUCUGCUCGCCCGCCAAAAGCACCGCCCUCGGCUUACCAUUGCUGUACGCGAUGUGGGCCCCCGUUGAUUUUUAUACCAAGGCCAAGACAUCAGUGCCGGUGCUGUUAUAUACCACCGAGCAGAUUUGCGUGGCACAGUUCUUUGUGCAGUUGUUUCGUCGCUGGCAUGCUCGGAUCAUUGACAAUGCGGAGGUGCAUGAUUUGGAAGAGCUCGAUGCUCGCUCACUUGGGCAUGAGAUGCAAUCAGUUCGGGGAACUGUAGAAUGUUCUCGGGGCUCUGGAGUCUGA